UAAACCAAUAAUUUCAUUUGCAUCUUCAUUAUAUACAUACCCUUUCUUCUUCUUUUUUUUCUUUCAAAUUUGAUAUAUUGUAUAGUGGAAAAUAUGGAGGAAAUUGAUAUUCCUUCUUAUUUUCUAUGUCCAAUCUCAAUGGAAGUUAUGAGGGAUCCAGUUACGAUAUUAACUGGAAUAACAUAUGAUCGACAAAAUAUAGAAAAAUGGUUAUUUUCAUGCAAACACACAACUUGUCCUGUCACAAAUCAAGAUCUAAAAUUCAAAGAUCUUACUCCAAAUCAUAAUCUACGACGUUUGAUUCAAUCGUGGUGCAUGUUGAAUUCUUCAAAUGGUAUCCAAAGGAUGCCAACCCCGAAGCCUCAGGUUCAAAGGGCUCACGUUGUUAGAAUAUUGAACGAAGCACAAAAAAAUCCGGAUAUGGAGUUAGAUUGCCUUAGGAGGAUCAAAUCAAUAGCGCGUGUAAGUGAGAGUAAUAAAAUGUGUCUAGAGUCAGCAGGGGUAGUUGAUUUCUUGACCUCGAUUGUGAUGAAGAAAAAAGAAGAACCAGAGGCGAGUGAUGAAGCUUUGAAUAUUCUUUUUCAUCUAAACCCUUCUGAUACUGAGUUGAAAAAGUUGAUCAACUCGCAUAAUGAUAAUCAAUUCUUGGAUUCUUUACUUCAAUUCUUGAAUAAUGGUCAUGUUCAAUCGCGAACAAACGCGAUAGCCCUAUUGAGAUCAACCCUUAGUAUGGCUGAUCCAGCUCAAUUAAUUGGUAUACAACCGGUGUAUAUCAAGGGUAUAGUUUGUAUAUUAAAUGACAAAGUCUCUCAACAAGCAACAAAACUAGCACUAAAGCUCCUAGUUGAAUUAUGUCCAUGGGGAAGAAAUAGAAUAAAAGCAAUUGAAAAUGGAGCUGUAUUUGCCCUAAUUGAACUUCUUCUUGACACAAAUGAAAGAAGGGUUUGCGAAUUGAUACUAACGGCUUUAGAUCAUCUGUGUACCUGUGCUGAUGGGAGGUCGGAGUUGUUGAGACAUGGUGGAGGUAUAGCCAUUGUUUCUAAGAAAAUUCUUAGGGUUUCACAUUUGGCAAGUGAUAGGGGAGUGAGGAUCCUUUAUUCAAUUUCAAAAUUUUUAGCAACUUGUUAUAGUACUAAAGUUCUUCAAGAGAUGUUGCAAGUGGGAAUUGUGUCAAAGUUGUGUUUGGUUCUUCAAGUGGAUGUUAGUCCAAAGACUAAAGAGAAAGCUAAGGAAAUUUUAAGGUUACAUUCUAGGGUUUGGAGAGAUUCUUCUUGUAUUCCUCCUCAUUUGCUUUCUUCUUAUCCUUGAGACACAGACAAUUUCUAUCGUUAAAUAACAAAAAUUUAGAUUAAAAUUAUUAUUAAAAAAAAAGAAAAUUUUAUUAGCUA